CCGGCAUGGCCUCUCUCAUAUUGUCAGAUUUGUCAGUGUCAGUCUCUGUUCUUCUCUCUAACUGAGCUAUUCCGAAAUUACGCGUAAACAAAGGCACACAUAUGUGAUCGAAAAAUGCGCUAUAAUUAAAAGUGAAUCGAUGUGAAUCCUUGAAAUCGGUCCCUGUGUUAUUUCGAGUCCUUCUGCCGAUUCUUUACAUCGACAUGAACAUCGAUAUUAUAUCGCGGAAUAAUUGACGCACAAUCGGAUUGCCAACUCCAUCGUCUUCUUUCUUCAUUGUAUUUCUGUUUGUCUCUCGCUUAUUUCGCUAAUCAUCUUGGACUAUUAACCCCCAACAUGUCAGAUGUCAAGAGCCUUGAGCAUCCUACGUUGAAGGUUCCAUACGAGCUUCUUAACAAGAAGUUUCGCUCUGCCCAGAAGACUCUCGACAGAGAAGUGUCACAUGUUCAAGCGGUAUCUAAUGAACUUGAAAAAAGUCUCAAAACUGAUGGAUCUUACGUUGCCACUGGAGAAAUCAGCAAGUUACUUGGUGGUGUGGUUGCCAGGCUUCAAGUUUUAAAGCGUAAAGCUCAAGAAUCUAUAGCAGAAGAGUUACAAGCAGGCAUGGUCUGCAAAAGAAGAUUGGACCACUUAAAGGAACAUGCUAAUACUUCUCCAAGUGCUGUGAAUCAGUGGAGACGACAGAGAUUAGAUAGAAUGCUAGUAGAAUAUUUUCUUCGCAAAGGAUAUUACAAAACGGCGACUAAAUUGGCAGACAGUAACGAGCUCAGAGAUUUAACAAAUAUUGAUGUAUUUAUGGUAUCAAGAGAAGUAGAGAAAUCUCUGGCCAAUCACGAAACUGCGAGAUGUAUUGGAUGGUGUCAUGACAAUCGUUCAAAAUUAAGAAAAUUGGGCAGCACAAUGGAAUUCAAUUUGCGUGUACAGGAAUUUAUCGAAUUAGUGCGAACUGAUAGACGCCUGGACGCGGUGAAACACGCCCGGAAGUACUUUUCCAAUUACGAUGAGUACCAGCUACAAGAGAUUCAAUGUUGUAUGGGCCAGUUAGCAUUUCCAGCCCAUGCAUAUUUAAGCCCCUAUAAAGAUUUAUUAGAUGAAAAAAGAUGGGACAAGCUGAUUGAAACAUUUCGUCAAGAGAAUUACAGAUUAUUUCAAUUGGCGAGCCAGAGUGUAUUUACAGUGGCUCUGCAAGCCGGUUUAUCGGCUCUCAAAACUCCUCAAUGUUACAGCGCAAAUAAGGAAGGCCGAAAUCCUAGUUGUCCAGUUUGCAACGAAGCGUUAAAUGAAUUGGCCGCACCGUUGCCUUUCGCUCAUUGCUCACAAUCGCGACUUGUUUGUAGUAUAAGUGGGAAACCUCUAAAUGAAUAUAAUCAACCAAUGAUGAUGCCUAAUGGAUAUGUAUAUGGUGAACAAGCAUUAGAGAAGAUGGCUCAGGAAAACAACGGCACAGUAAUUUGUCCAAAGACUAAAGAAGUAUUUCCAUAUAAAAAGAUCGAGAAAGUUUAUGUUAUGUAAACAUAUAUUGACACAGUAUAUAUAUACGUUGUACUAUAUGCUUAACGUUCUAAUGGUCUUCUAGCUCUAAUCUUUCUGUUAUUUAAUAGUGAUUGUAUACAGCAUUGAUGGAAUAAAAUAACAUUUAUUUUUAAGAAAAA